AUGGACUACCUCGUAUCGGAAGAAGAGGCAGCAAAUGACAUGGAGUUCUGUCCGUUUCCCAAAUCAACAGACGAAGAUCAUCUUGUGGAGCGAAGUAACGUCAGCCAACUUACAUUGCCAUCCCCAUCCCGUGCGCCCGUCGUGGAACCACAGGCUACACAGAAAUCCUUCAAUUCCAGGCUAGCGCAAAGGCAGGCACAGCGAAACUUUCGACAAAGGCAAAAAGAGCAAAGAAUGCGGGAGCAGGCCAGAAUUGAGGAACAAAGCAGAGAACUCGAAAAGGAACAGCAUACUAGGAAAGGUUUGGAGGAGCAAGUCCAACAGCUCAAGGCCGAGAUUGUACAACUCAAUUUCAGUGCUGAAAGAUGGAAGGAGAACUCCACGUCCCUCCUCCAGUCAGCCCAGUCCAGGGAAUCAUGUCCCUCCCCGCAACUUGUCCCAUCUUCCAAAGUUUCUCGGGAAAGCAAAACUGCGGCCGAUGAUAUCGCCCAUUUCACCCAUGCUCGUGACCCAAAAGGGGGCACGUCUCCCCCUCGCUCCUCCCCGUCCCUGAUUCGUUUCCAGUCUGCUCCUAGGCAGGAGCGAUAA